AGAGAGAGAGCCCGCAAAAGGGAAAACAUAUAUGACUCUCUUGUUGCAAAAGCAAUGGCUUUUGGCAAUAAAAAGCUUUUGUGCAUUUUGAACCAGGUUGUCAGUUUUGUCUUCAUCUUCAUCCGUUUCAUAUCUCUUAGCUUUAGUGGUGUUGUCUUCCUCUUGGGUCGGCAAAACCAGGGCUUUUUAUAGAAGAUUUUGUGGUCCUAGCUAGAGGGUUCGGUUCUGGAGAGGAUAGUUGAGAGUUUCUGAAAGGGUUAUCUGAGUGAAGAAAAAAUGUCAACAAUGGACUUGAGGCAAGCCUUGGCUGGACUUCUCACUCUCUCUAUGUUCAUCAUGCUGGGAAACAUGAUCAAGAAGGACCAUUUUGAUUCCAUGUAUGAUGUUAAUAUUGAAGCUGCACCAGCAUCCCAGAAUGCCUCUGAAGUAGUCACUGAACAAUCCCUUGCAACGGUUUCACAUGUAAGCAAAAAGUCUUUGAUGGAAAAUGGAAAAGGACUUAAACCAUGUAGGAACCCCCUUGCACUUGAAGAGGCACCGCAAUCUGAAGGUUUCAUCACAUUCUCCUUAACAAAUGGCCCUGAGUAUCAUAUCUCACAGAUUGCUGAUGCAGUGGUGGUAGCUAGAAUCUUGGGAGCCACUCUUGUGCUUCCUGACAUCAGGAGUAGCAAAUCGGGGUAUAGCAUGAGCCUUGGAGAUAUUUAUGAUGUUCAGAAAAUUAUUAAUAGGCUAGAUGGGUUGGUAAGAGUAACUAGGACACUGCCUGUAACCAAUGGAAAUCCACCAAUAGUGAAGGUACCUAACAGGGUUUCACAAGACUAUAUUGUAAGGACAGUGCAGCCAAUAUACAAAGCCAAGGGCAUUGUUAAGAUUGAAUCACACUUUUCCUCAGUUAACCCAACAAUGGCAGGAAAUAAGAAGAGCCUUGACACAUUUGCAUGCCAAACAAUGUUUGGAACUCUUCAGUUGCAACCAGAGAUGCAUGAAGUUGUGGACUCAAUGGUCCAAAAGCUACAAAGUUGGAGCCAGAACUCAAAUGGCCAAUUCAUUGCAGUGGACUUGAGGACUGAGAUGGUGGCAAAGGAGUGUCACAAAAAAGAUGUCUCAGGAAGAAAACUUUGUUACCAGCCACAUGAGAUAGGUGAAUUCCUCAAGAAGAUUGGAUUCAGUCCUGAGACUACUGUUGUUUAUGUGACUCAGUCAAAAUGGAAUUCUGAUCUUGAUGCCCUAAAAGAUAUCUUCCCAAAAACCUAUACCAAGGAAACUGUAAUGGCAGAAGACAAGAAGGGAAAGUCUCUCAGCUCACAAAGCUCUGAAUUUGAGAAGGUCAUUGAUUUCUACAUAUGUUCUCAAAGUGAGGUCUUUGUGCCCUCUAUUCCUGGCCUCUUCUAUGCUAAUGUUGCUGGGAUGAGAAUUGUAUCAGGGAAAAACCAGAUACUUGUUCCUGCUGAAAUAUCAAGUCCAUCAGCUUCAGCCUCUGAUUACAUUUCUCCCUAUGUGUCUCAGAAGAACCAUUUUGCUUAUGCAUGCUUUUGUUAAACUACCCCUGUUCUCUAUGUUUGGUUAUGCAAGAACCAACUAGAGCUUUCUGUUCAAGAUGGCAACAGUGGUUAUAGGUAAAAUAAAAAGUGUGUAGCAAUAUUUUUCCAUCUCGUGAGAAAGUUAUCAUGUGUUAGUUGUGAA